GUUUUCUCUGAACACGCCUCUGUCUUUACGGUGGUGUCUCCGGUUCUAAUCACUGACAUCAAGCGAACCAAACAGAGAGUGUUCAUUUACCACACACACACAAAAAAAAAGAUCAUUUCUUUUCGAUCUGUGAGAUCUCAGAGAAACAAGGUGUAACGGAAUGAAACCUUACAGGCUUAAUAAUUGGAAUUUGUAUAGGAUGAAAAGAGGAGCACUUAGACGGAGGGCUAAGGAUAUCUCUCUUGUGCUUAUUGUGCUUGUUUGUGCAACACUGGUCUUGUGGUCAUGGGAUACAACUCCAUCCUCUGCCUUUCUUCCUCACGAAAGUCACUUUCUUAAGCUGGAACCAGAAGAAAAGGUUGAAAGAAUACCUACUGAAGUGAAUACUGAAACUAAAGAUAGCUACUCAUCAGCUACUCCGUUUAUUAACAAAGAGCAAAGUAAAGAGGAUCCAACCGAUGAUAAGGAUACAAAAGAAGAAGAAGAAGUAGAAGAGGAACAAGUGGAAGAAGUUACUGUUGGUGAGACGAACCAAGAGAAGACAUCAACUAUUGAAGAAGAACAGGCUGAACAUGAAGUUACUGUAAGUGAGCCAAAAUAUCAGAAGAUACCAACUAGUAAAGAAAAUAAAUUAGAACAUGUGAAACAAGAGGUUGCUGCUGGUGAGGCCGAUGCAAAGACGACAGAUAUUGAAAACACUGAUUCAGAUCCAGAGAAGAAAACUCUUGCAACAGAUGAAAAGAGGACUGAACAGAGAGUAGCCAAGAAAGAUGAUGAUAGUAGUUCAACACAUCGCAUCGCCAAUCAAGCUUGUAAUUACGCGAAAGGGAAAUGGGUUGUGGACAAGCACCGUCCUUUGUAUUCAGGCUCUCGUUGCAAACAAUGGCUUGCUUCGAUGUGGGCCUGCAGGUUGAUGCAACGUACAGACUUUGCCUUUGAAAGGUUAAGAUGGCAACCUAAAGAUUGCUCUAUGGAAGAGUUUGAGGGUUCCAAGUUCUUGAGAAGGAUGCAGCACAAGACCCUAGCCUUUGUUGGAGACUCGUUAGGAAGACAGCAGUUUCAGUCUAUGAUGUGUAUGAUCACUGGAGGCAAACAGAGGCUCGAUGUCCUUGACGUGGGACCAGAAUUUGGGUUCAUAAGACCCGAAGGUGGAGCUCGUCCUGGUGGCUGGGCUUACAGAUUCCCAGAAACCAACACAACGGUCCUAUACCACUGGUCAUCUACCCUCUGCGACAUACAACCUCUCAACCCCUCAAACCCUUUAACUGAACACGCUAUGCAUCUCGACCGCCCACCAGCUUUCUUACGCCAAUACCUUCACAAGAUCAACGUGCUGGUAAUGAACACAGGUCACCACUGGAACCGAGGGAAGCUCAACGGCAACAGAUGGGUGAUGCAUUUAAACGGAGUUCCCAACACUAACAGGAAGCUAGCCGCUCUUGGCAACGCCAAAAACUUCACAAUCCACAGCACAGUUAGUUGGGUUAGCUCUCAGCUUCCUAACCAUCCAGGUCUCAAGGCAUUCUACAGAAGCCUUUCCCCAAGACAUUUUGUUGGAGGAGAAUGGAACACUGGAGGGAGCUGUAACAACACAACACCUAUGUCUAUAGGGAAAGAAGUUUUGCAAGAGGAGUCAAGCGAUUACAGUGCAGGUCAUUCGGUGAAAGGCACUGGGGUUAAGCUUUUGGAUAUAACAGCUUUAUCUCAUAUUAGAGAUGAAGGACACAUAUCACGGUUUAGUAUCUCGGCUUCAAAAGGAGUUCAGGACUGUCUCCAUUGGUGCUUGCCUGGUGUUCCUGAUACGUGGAAUGAAAUCCUUUUCGCAAUGAUAUAA